AUGGGGUUGCCGGGAUGUAUCGCCGUCAUUGUGCUCCUUCUGAUUUCAUGGAGAGAGGGGGAGGCGGCGAUGUUCACGUUCGUCAACCGGUGCGCGGACACGGUGUGGCCGGGCGUCCUGUCCAACGCCGGCACAGCGCGGCUCGGCACCACGGGGUUCGAGCUCCCGCCGGGCGCGUCGCGCGCGGUGCCGGCGCCCUCUGCCUGGUCCGGCCGCCUCUGGGCCCGCACCGGAUGCGCGCAGGACGGCGCGUCGGGGCGGCUCGUCUGCGCCACCGGCGACUGCGGCUCCGGCACGGCCGAGUGCGCCGGCGCCGGCGCGGCGCCCCCCGCGACGCUGGCCGAGUUCACGCUCGACGGGACGGGCGGGCUGGACUUCUACGACGUCAGCCUGGUGGACGGGUACAACCUGCCGGUGCUGGUGGAGCCGUCCUCCGGAGAGCGCCCCGGCGGCGCGUCGAGCGCCGGGUCCUGCGCUUCGGCGGGGUGCGCGGCGGACCUGAACGCGAUGUGCCCAGCCGAGCUCCGGUCCGGCGGCGGCGCUGCCUGCCGGAGCGCGUGCGACGCGUUCGGGCGACCCGAGUACUGCUGCAGCGGCGCCUACGCCAACCCCGGGACGUGCCGGCCGACGUCCUACUCGCAGGUGUUCAAGAUGGCCUGCCCGCGCUCCUACAGCUACGCCUUCGACGACCCCACCUCCACCUUCACCUGCGCCGGCGGCCCCGACUACACCGUCACCUUCUGCCCCGGCGCCACCCCGAGCCAGAAGUCGACCACGGUGCCGGCGGCCACGACGCCGACGCAAACGACCCCCACGCCGACGACGGUGCCUCGGAUGGAGACGCCGACAACGACGGUGCCUGCGACGGAUACGCCGGCGAUGAUGCCGGGGAUGACGUUCACGGACGCCAACCAGGACAGCAUGCCGAUGCCGAUGGGCGGCGAGGCCGGGACUGGUGGUGGCGGCAGCAUCCAGGGCCAGGGCGUGAUCCUCGGGGGCGCCAGCAGCGACGCCUGGCUCGCCAACAUGGCCACCGGCGACGUGACGGGCGCAGCAGCGACAUCACGCGCCGCAACCUCGGCGCGGCUAGUCGCCGCGCCAUUGGUGCUGCUCGCGCUCCAUCUGCUGCGAUAG